CACACACAACAUGGCGGACUAGAACAGUCGGCCGACGCGCCCGGAUACAGCGGAUAAAAAACCGUGGGAUUUAUUGCCCAGGAAGGCCGAAGAAAGUAGCCCGCGGAGGGACGCUGCGUGAGGGCGACCGGAGGACUUUCAGGACCGCGGGGAGCCUUCCCUGCCUGGAUGUGGCGGACUAACGCACCGCGGAGUGUUUGACUUGUGUGUCCCAGAUCGCGCUUCCCUCCUCGGCUCACCCAGGUCCCCCACACCCCGCUCGCUCACUCUCGGUUCCUGGGGUGUGGAGACGGGGGCCGGGGCUGUAAAGGCGUGGGAGAGACCGAGAGGACAGACCCCAGCCUGGCUUUACUUUGCCUCAGUGAAUCUCCUCUCGGGCGCUUCGGGAGUUGCGGACAAAGCUGUGCGAAUGAGUGAUUGAUUGCAACUCCGCUUCUUCAGGGCAGAAUGGGUGUGUGUCCCCUGCUCCUGCUGCUUGGUGUGGCCCUCGGGGCCUCAGCCCAGGAUCAUGUCCCCGUCACAAGUCCUCCUAAUAUCACUGCCAAACCCACAGAACCCCCCACCGCACGCUCCCUCGACUUUCCAGCCGCACCCACUCCUGCCCCCCCAGGCCCAGCCUCAACGCUCGCCCCUGCAGACGUCCCGGAGACGACAGUAGUGACGACCAUCACAACCGCGAGCCCAGCUGAUGGAGAGGACAUUGAACCAGUUGGUCCCAAUGCCACUGCAAAAUUGUUACCGAUUCCUCCGCCCCCACCUCCGGCUCCAACUGAUGCCCCUCAGGCACCACCGACCACUGAGCCUCCUCCUCCUCCCCCCGGGACAGGGGGAGACAACGACACCACAACCGAGACUCCAGACACCCCAACUACAGACACUUACACAGAUGAGGAGAUAAUCGAUCCGGAGACAGAGACCACUGCAGAACCUGAAUAUGAUUUCACCACAGAACCCAGCCCACAGGACAACAACCAGUCAGAUGACAUGCCAAUCAUCGCCGUGAUGGUGGCCCUUUCCUCCCUGCUGGUCAUCAUCUUCAUCAUCAUCAUCCUCUACAUGCUCAGGUUUAAGAAGUACAAGCAAGCAGGGAGCCAUUCAAAUUCCUUCAGACUGACCAAUGGUAGAUCGGAUGAUACAGAGCUCCAGACCGUUCCGCUAUUGGCCCGUUCGCCCAGCACCAACAGGAAGUACCCACCGCUUCCUGUUGACAAGCUGGAGGAAGAAAUGAACCGUCGCAUGGCUGAUGACAACAAACUCUUCAGGGAGGAGUUUAAUGCGCUGCCAGUCUGCCCCAUUCAGGCCUCAUGUGACGCUGCUUCCAAGGAAGAGAAUAAAGAAAAGAACAGAUACGUCAACAUCCUGCCAUAUGAUCACUCGAGAGUGCAUCUCUCAUCCCUGGAGGGAGUCCCUGACUCUGACUUCAUCAACGCCUCCUUUAUUAAUGGUUACCAUGAGAAGAAUAAGUUUAUUGCAGCUCAAGGGCCAAAGGAGGAGACGGUAAAUGACUACUGGCGAAUGAUCUGGGAGCAGAACACAGCUACCAUUGUAAUGGUGACCAACCUUAAGGAGAGAAAGGAGUGUAAGUGUGCUCAGUAUUGGCCGGACCAGGGCUGUUGGACCUAUGGGAAUAUCCGUGUAUCUGUAGAAGACUCAAUGGUUUUGGUGGACUACACCAUCCGCAAGUUCUGCAUCCAACAGGUGGGAGAUGUGUCUGGGAAGAAGCCCCAGAGGCUCGUCACCCAGUUCCAUUUCACCAGCUGGCCAGACUUUGGGGUGCCCUUCACCCCCAUUGGCAUGCUGAAGUUCCUCAAGAAAGUCAAGAACUGCAACCCCCAGUACGCCGGGCCCAUUGUGGUUCAUUGUAGUGCGGGUGUGGGGAGGACAGGUACCUUUAUUGUGAUCGAUGCCAUGUUGGACAUGAUGAACACUGAGAGGAAGGUGGACGUGUUUGGUUUCGUCACCAGGAUCAGAGCCCAGCGCUGUCAGAUGGUCCAGACUGAUAUGCAGUAUGUUUUCGUCUUCCAGGCAAUGUUAGAGCAUUACCUGUACGGAGACACCGAGCUGGAGGUUACGUCUCUGGAGUCCCACUUGGCCAAACUUUACACCCCCUCACCUGGAGCUGGCUGCAGUGGUCUGGAGGCUGAAUUCAAGAAACUGACAUCCAUCAAGAUCCAGAACGACAAGAUGAGGACAGGCAACUUGCCCGCCAACAUGAAGAAGAACAGAGUCCUGCAGAUCAUUCCAUAUGAGUUCAACAGAGUGAUCAUUCCAGUCAAACGAGGCGAGGAGAGCACAGACUACGUCAAUUCCUCCUUCAUUGAUGGCUACCGUCAGAAGGACUCGUACAUGGCGAGCCAGGGCCCCUUGCAGCACACCAUGGAGGACUUCUGGAGGAUGAUCUGGGAGUGGAGAAGUUGUUCCAUAGUCAUGCUCACUGAGCUGGAGGAGAGAGGGCAGGAGAAGUGCGCUCAGUAUUGGCCCAGUGAUGGAGUAGUGGUCUAUGGGGACAUUUCCAUCGAGCUGAAGAGGGAGGAGGAGAGCGAGAGCUACACGGUGCGUGAGCUCCUGGUCACCAACAACAGGGAGAACAAGGCUCGAGCGGUGCGUCAGUUCCAUUUCCAUGGCUGGCCAGAAGUGGGCAUCCCCACUGACGGAAAAGGCAUGAUCAAUAUAAUUGCUGCGGUGCAGAAGCAACAGCAGCAGUCUGGCAACCACCCCAUCACUGUACACUGCAGUGCUGGUGCUGGCCGGACAGGGACUUUCUGUGCGUUGAGUACAGUCCUGGAGCGGGUGAAGGCAGAGGGCAUCCUGGACGUCUUCCAGACAGUCAAGAGCCUCAGACUGCAGAGACCCCACAUGGUGCAGACACUGGAGCAGUACGAAUUCUGCUACAAAGUGGUCCAGGAGUAUAUCGAUGCCUUCUCUGACUACGCAAACUUCAAGUAGGGACUUUCCUUGGAGGCUUAGAAGAAUGGAUCAGAACCGGCACCAGAACCUACAACCACCACAUUACCAAGCAGAGAACUCCAUUUUCCCAUCUGAUGGAUUCAAAACAACGGGAAAAAAGCAGACUGAUCACAACUUGAUCUGAUGAUGGGAUGAACUGCCCGGAGGAAAAGGGAACAGACAUCUCGGCCCGGAGGACAGGGCAGUGCAGUCGGACAGAGAAAUUAACUGAGAUGCCUUCUUGAAUAUUUUGUAAUAUUGGUCUUGUCAAUACAGCCCCUCCCCCCUAUUUGCCUACCGCCCACUCUCCACCCCACCCCACCCCAUAUGUAUAUAUCCUUACUGUGUUGCAUCUUAUUACUUUGGUUUCAGACACAGUUUUGAGUUUGGCUGCAUUUUUGGGUGGCACCUGUAAUGUAUUUUAUUGGUAUAUAUAUAAAUAUAUAUAAAUAUAUAUGAAUAUAAAUUGGAUGCUUUUGAGGCUAAUGUAAAAAAAUCCAGAGUCAAGGUAAUGAUGUUUGGAUUGUGUCUUUAUAGGGACUGAGACCUGAGACGUUUUUUGGCGUUGCCUGAGCCGCGCUGUAGCGACGUGUGUGGUAGACAAACUGUGGAUUGUUUUCACUCCCACACAAUCACUCACACACACUCACACACACAUACAGACACAGUUGGAACCAUUUUUCUUCACACACAGAAUUCGAUGCAUCUACUCAACAAAAGCAUUUUUCAGUCGACUUACAAGAUGAGAUCAGAAUCUCUGUGGCGUAGCGCAAAGUCUCAGGUCGUCACACACACACACACACACUUGAUACCAAGAGCAUUCAUAUUUUCGGAGCUCUAGCAUGUGUCUGUGUCUGUGUGUGUGUGUGUGUGUGUGUAUGUGUGCGUUUGUUGGAGCUGAAGCAUAAGUUGGCAGCAAGGACACUGUGUUUUAACAUCACUGUCUUCUCUCCACUGAGUGCCAAAGUCUCUCACUCCCUUGGUUUUGCAGCUCUGGAGGCUUGAGAGACUUAACCAAACAUUAUAAGUGCAUCCAACACAUUCCUGGUCUGCAACAGGAAAGUAUGAAAUAACGGAUCUGUUUGAUUUUGCCCCGUUCAGUAAAGAAAUAUGAGUGAGAAGAAUCGGUAAAACCUUUUAAACAAGUUUUAUUUGACUUUAAGGUCUGUUACAGUAUCAGCGGCGAUGUUGUUCAUGUUGACAAGCCAAACAGCACCGUCACAACUAAAUCCACUAUUGCAUCACGGAAAUCAUCAAAUCUUAUAUACCCGGCAAAUUUCUUUUCCUUGUUUACAGACACAUGUCAGUAUUUCUUGUAGAUCGCAUUGAUGCAUUUCUUUUCUUUUUGGGCUUCCUUUAGGUCUGCCUGAAUUAACUGUCUCUUCUUUUGUUUUAUAUAUCGGCUUCACAUCACUACGCUGUACCGAUUUUCUUUUAUUUCCCAACAUGAACACUGAUGCCGAUGAAUGUUUCCUUUUAUUCAAAUGCUGUUUCUAAGGUUCUCCUCAAAGAUGGACGCGUUGUUACUUUGAAUAGUGGAGGUGUGACAUGUGACGUUUGCAAUGAUUCCUUUUUUUUAAAUGCCUAGGCUCGAACUACAGCAUUUUUUUUUCCUUCUAAAUUGAGGCCAUGCCCUUUAUGAUUGUAUAAUGAAAGAUGAAUGAUGUCAGUCAAACGCAGGGCUUCAGGUCAGUCCUAAUUUCCACUUGGUCAGCUCAGGAAAUGACUGACACCAAGAUUGUUUUUUUAAAUCUACAAACUGAAUAAAUUGAGCCCGAGCUCAUCUCCGAGGCUGACCGGCGGUCAAAUGGUUUGAUCCCUCGUCGCAGGAGUCUCCAGAUAUCACCCUCUCUCAGAUUUUAAUGCUGUGAUUUUAAACCAUUCUAUUUCUUUUUAGGAGUUUUCAAGAUAUUUCAUCUUUCUUACGUAGAUUUGAACUGAAAAUGGCCCCCGUUCUUGGAGAAACUUUACGUCACACUCACCCGCAAACAGUCUAAAUUAAACUAACGCUCCCCGUUACUCAUAUUAAAAGGAGCACAAUCAGAUUUAAUUUAUUGAGAGUGGACGUCAUGAAAUGUACAUGCUGAAUUGAUUGUCUGAACACACCUGCACUAUUUUGCACCAAAAGCAAAGCCCUUAAAUGUACAGAACCAAAUGAGGUCAGAAAGCUCAGACAGAACAUUUAGCCUUGAUAUUGAAACAUGGGAAAUCUAUUUGAACUCUUGAACCUCUUUCAGGUCCCAGCGCCCCGGGUCGAGCCUCCUGCGAGGGCCCCUGCAGGGACGUCUAGUAGCAGAUCAUUCUAAUUGACCAGUCACUGAAAUUGUUGACUGUUUGUCCAUCAUCACCCUCAUUUCAGGUCUUGGUUCAUUCCAAAGCAUCACAAGUGCCCGCACUAUUAAUUAGGUGCCGUUGUUCAUCGUGUAUUUUGUUUGUCACUUACUGCGUCUUUAAGAGGAGGGGAUUGUUUGGCUGUUCGCUCUCUCUCUCUCUCUCUCUCUCUGUGCUUAAAUUAUAUGGGUUUAUUGUGUGUAUUUGGAUCAUGUGGGCACCGUCUUUCUGUAGUUCAACAAUAAGACAAUUUGCCAACCUUAAAAAAAGUGCCUCACUGUAAUUAUAUUCCAACGUUAUCUACAUUAUGUAGUGGAACCAUUGGGCUGUACUAUCAUUGCCUGUCGAUCAAUGGCAAACCUUUAUGUUUGAUAAGAGUCCAAACCAAAACUGGGUCAGUUAACCUUUUCUUUGACAUUCCCUAGAUUCCUUGAUUGUCCAGAUGAAACAAAAAUUGAGGUCACUUUAUUGAAUAUCAAACUUCUUGAUUUAAUGGCUUCAUCUCAUUCCAUAUCACUCGAACAUCGGAUCCACAAUAAGUAAUCAAUUGUGGGUUCCCAAAUGAUGAACAACAAGUCAGUCGAUUUCCCCCAAAAGCAAAUGAAAGUAGCUGAUUUGAUGCAUUUCACAGCCCUUUAUUCCUGGAGCUUUGGCCCAGUGGAGCAUGUUGAGUACCCUCGACAGGGAGUCCUGAGGAAGACGAGGCUCCAGCGUCCCUCUUCUUCUCUCCACCUUUAUAAGCCCCUUGUCUUUACUCACCGCUCUCCUCUCAUCGCUAUAUUUCCCUCUUUCACUUUGUCCCUGGACCAUUCUUUCACAGUGGUCACUUCCCACUCCCUUUUGUAUAUAAAGUAAGGUUAUUUAUAUUUCAUUCCUGUCUGCUGCCUUGCUUCUUUUCCUUUCUUCCCUCCCUUCUUUUCUUUUUUAAGAUGUAUAUUGAACUGUAUUGGGACCAUUUUGAAAUGUAUUAGAGAUGUUUCGUUUUGGCCAUUUUUAUUUUGGUAUAAUUGUCUUAAGCAAAUCCUUUUUUUUUUUUGCCUGUUUGUUUCUAGUGUUUUGUUAUUCAACAUUUGAAUACAUGUAUAUAUAAUUAUAUAUAUGAUAAAAUUAUAUAUAAUUAUAUAAUGCCGAAUGGCCUUUCUAAGCAAGAUACUGUUCAAACCUAAUAAAGUGCUUGAGAUUUUA